CCGCGAGUGACGACAAAUAAAACUCGCGGGCGGCAUAUCUCGAGAAAAGCAUCGGAAAAGUGCGAAGCUUGCUUUGUGGCGUCGUUGUCCCGGCGAAAUCGUCAAUCUCUGCAUUUGCAAAAGCAUUUUCGUGUCGUAAUCUACAAGGCAGUCAGCUGGGCGGAGUAAACAAAAAUUUAUGAAAAGUGCAAUGCUGCCAACUCUAUGUUUCGGUAAAUCGUCGUCGACAUACAGCUGCACCCGACGUCGUCGCUGCUCUGGUUGCCACGACCAGUUUUACGCCUAACAGCGGGCCCAACAAGCUUAGAUAUCAGCGUACAUGACGUUUCAGAACAACCUUUUGAUUGUUUUACUGCGACCACCAACGCCACGGCGAAAUGUCCAUCAAAAGAUCCAGCGAAAGGCACUCUGAAAUUGAUGUGCACGUCACCAAACACUACGACAUCAUCCGAAGACUUGGCAAAGGCGCUUACGGCAUUGUAUGGAAAGCCGUCGAUAAUAAAACGAAAGAAACUGUGGCCGUAAAAAAAAUUUUUGAUGCAUUCAGAAAUCAGACGGAUGCUCAACGUACAUUUCGUGAAAUCAUUUUUUUACUGUCUUUUGCUAAUCACGAAAAUAUUAUACAGCUGAUUGGACUACACAAAGCAAACAACGAUCGUGAUAUAUAUUUAGUUUUUGAGUACAUGGAAACGGAUCUUCAUAAGGUAAUAAAACGUGGUACGUCAUUAAAGGACAUCCAUAAAGUUUUUAUUAUGUAUCAAUUAUUCAAAGCCAUAAAAUACAUACACUCUGGAAACGUAAUUCAUCGUGAUUUAAAGCCAUCAAACAUUCUAUUGAAUUCCCGAUGCCAUUGCAAGAUCGCAGAUUUUGGUCUGGCGCGCUCCAUGAGUCAAUUAGCUGAGGGAGAUGGUGAGGCAGGAAGCGAUCCUACUUUGACGGAUUACGUUGCAACGCGCUGGUAUAGGGCGCCAGAAAUAUUGAUUGCCUCGAAAAAAUACACUAAAGGCAUUGACAUGUGGUCUUUAGGCUGUAUCUUUGGAGAGAUGUUGCUAGGAAAGCCCUUGUUCCCGGGUUCGUCAACAAUUAAUCAAGUUGAGAGGAUUAUGGCCACUUUACCUCCUCCUACUCACGAAGAUUUGACAUCAGUAAGUGCUGGAUAUGGUUCGAGUUUGUUGGAAAAAAGCCCGACGAGUCCUCAUAAGACAAUAAGGGAAUUGUUACCAAAUGUGUCUGAAGUAGCUUUAGAUCUCAUUGAAAACUUGAUUGUUUUCAAUCCUAAUCAUCGUUUAACUGCUGUAGAAGCUUUGGAACACCAAUACGUCGCAAUCUUUCAUGCAAAAGGAAACGAACCUGAAAAAGGUUUUAGCGUGAUACCCUUUCUUCGAGAUGACGUACAACUUUCCGUCGAGGAAUACCGCAAUAAACUUUACGCUAUGAUGGAUGAAAAACAUCGAAAACACAAAAACAUGUCUAAAUCAAGAAUAAGACGUCUUUCAGAACAUAUUAGAAAAGAUUCUUAUUCGUCCAUUCAAGGUGAUACACAGGUCCGCAAAAGUUUUCAUUUAUCUUGUGACGACCUACGUAAAGAGAAAUCCAAGACUGAUACUUACAAAGCCUUAUUCCUAGAAGGAGAGGUAAGACCAAAUUUAACAAAUAAAAAUAGAGUCCUUAGAGGUAAAGAAAGUAAAGGGAUGCAAGUUUUAAACAUGAUGACAAGCGAGAACGUUUCAAGGCAAAAUGUCAAAUCAUCGAAUAAAGAUAUGACCAUACAAUACGCAUACAAUCUGAUCAAUGGAAAUCUACGAAAUCUCGUCCCAAGCCAUGCAAAGAGCUGCGUAUAUUUAAGCCAACAACCCGAAAGGAUAACCAGGACACAGCGCUCAAUACAAUCAGAUCAGCAUCUACAAACACUCAACGUUACCACUCAAAAUAAUCAACAGCCAAAAUUUCGCCAUACACGUGUUGGUUCCGUUGUGAAAUCAAUAAACAUACAACGCCGACAACAGCAAUAUCAUUCACUUACCAGUAUUCCUAGUCAGCCUGAAACGAAACUCGAGAAACGUUUGAACCAGGAAAUGUUACCAGCGGCCAAUACUAAUAAAUAUUUCACAAAGAUACCUGAAGACUUACGUAAACAUUUGGUCCAUGAAGUUGGCGACACUAGUCACGUAAUUGAUGAUUACUUAAAUCUUCAACGUCAACAUCAAACAUUGAAUCAACACCUACGAAAUCAUCAUAAAUCAGUCGAUACUAAAACUGUGAGAAAUAUACAAAGCUUAAAAAAUAAUGAGAACAAACAGAGCUGUGAGACUUGCUACAUAAAAAAUUUUGGAUGUUAUGAUCAAAACCAUGGAGUUAUUUCAGCAUCUGUGUACAGAGACUUAAGGAAUGGUACAAUUGGUUGGUAACUUACAAAAGUGAUAAUAAGUCAAAAUAAUAAUAAAUGCUUGUAUAGUGUCGCAUGUAAAAGGAUCUAGAUAAGAAGUUGUAUAGAUCAUGAGGUGUACAUGGUUGUAGGUGGCAAUGGGAUCAAAUUUUGUACUAGUACAAACCUUUAUAUGAAUAAACGCUUGAAUUUUCCAU